CCCUCCUCCUCCUCCCUGGCGGCGGGGCGGGUCCCCGAGCAUGCAGAUGAGCGCGUGACGGACAGCGGCGGGUGCCAAUGUCCCGCAAACUCCGCGCGCCUUCCCCAACUCCGGCCGCGGCUCCCCCACUGCCCGACCGCCGGCCCGGCGCGCGGCUGCGCCCCCGGCCCCCCGGCCCCCGGCCCAGCCCCCAGCCUGCGCCCCCGGCCCGGGCCCCCGACACCCGAGCCCCGGACCCACGAGCCCCAGCCCCGCCGCCAAGCCCCAGCCGCCCGGCUCCAGCCCCGAGUCCUGGCCCCGCGUCCCCCAAGCCCCAGCCCCCCGGCCUGCGCCCUCGGACCCCGGACCCCUGCCCUCGCCCCGCGCCCCUGCAGGGCUGGAUGGGGGUCUCGGCGUGACGGGCUGGCGCCAUGUCCUACCCGCAGGGCUACCUGUACCAGGCGCCCGGCUCGCUGGCCCUGUACUCCUGCCCGGCCUACGGCGCCCCGGCCCUGGCGGCCCCGCGCAGCGAGGAGCUGACGCGCUCGGCGGCGGGCUCGGCCUUCAGCCCCUACCCCGGCUCGGCGGCCUUCACGGCGCAGGCUGCGCCCGGCUUCGGCAGCCCGUUGCACUACCCGGACGCGGCCGCCGGCUUCCCGUCCUACAUGGGCGCGCCCUACGAGGCGCACGGCCCGGGCAUGCCCGGCGCGCUCGGCUACCACCCAUACGGCGGCGCGGCCUACCCCUACCAGCUCAACGACCCCGCGUACCGCAAGAACGCCACCCGCGACGCCACGGCCACGCUCAAGGCCUGGCUCAACGAGCACCGCAAGAACCCCUACCCCACCAAGGGCGAGAAGAUCAUGCUGGCCAUCAUCACCAAGAUGACCCUCACGCAGGUGUCCACCUGGUUCGCCAACGCGCGCCGGCGCCUCAAGAAGGAGAACAAGGUGACCUGGGCCCCGCGCAGCAAGAGCGAGGACGAGGACGAGGACGACGCGGCCCGCGGCAAGGGCAGCCCGGGGCGGGCGCAGGAGGGCGCCGAGACGUCUGCGGAGGACGAGGGGAUCAGCCUGCACGUGGACUCGCUCACUGACCACUCGGCCGACUCGGACGCCGAGAAGCUGCCCUGCGGCGCUGGGCCCGGGAUGUGCGGGGCGGGGGCCAGCUGCCGGGACAAGUUCGGGGCGCUGGACGAGGACGAGGACGAGGACGACGGCGAAGGCGAGGGCGACGGGGAAGACCAGCUGGCGCCCAAGGCCGUGUCCGCGUCGCCGCUGACCGGCGUGGAGGCCCCGCGGCUGAGCGCCCCGCCCGAGCCCGUGCCCCGCGCCUGCGAGACGCCCCCGGACACGCGGACAUCGCCGGUGGCCGCCCCCGCCGGGAAACCCAAGCUCUGGUCACUGGCGGAGAUCGCCACCUCGGACCUCAAGCUGCAGCGCGGCCCGGGCCCCGCGCCCCCCGCGCCCCCCACCGCCCCCGGGGCCUCGCCCUACCCCGGCGCGGCGCCCCUGCUCGGCCGCCCGCUCUACUACACCGCCCCCUUCUACGGCAACUACUCGGGCUACGGGAACCUCAACGCCGCGCUGCAGGGACCCGGGCUCCUGCGCUACAGCCCCGCAGCGCCGGGGGAGGCUCUGCACGCUGCGCCCAAGGCCGCCGCGAGCGACGCAGGGAAGGUGGGAGCGCACCCGCCCGAGCCCCACUACCGCGCCCCGGCCGCCGCCUACGAGCCCAGGAAAGAUUCCAGCGAGGGCACAGUCGCCGGGGGCAUCCAGCCCUACCUGUAGCAGCUGCCUGUGGAGCCCAGUGGACACCAGUCCCCCCCCCCAGCCAGCCGGUAACUCCCCACACACACACACACACACACCCCGCCUGGGGUCUAAGGACCCUUCCAAAAGAAAAACAGCCCAGGAGAGGGUCAUCCCUGCUGAAACCCAGUGUUCCAGCUCCCAGCCUCUGCCUUCCCCUGGGUUUCUCCGGGUGCUGGAACACAGUGGGGACCCUUAGGAUGAGGGGGGGCUCCCUGGAUGGAAUCCCCAACAUGAGGAGGGUCAGGUCUGCAGAGCUGGCCCCACCCUGUCUUGGAAAUGUCCCCACUGCCCCACCCGCAGAGUCUCAGAGAUGCCCCUCUGCAGCUGGACGAGGGGACCCCCAGGGCAGGGGGCUGUGAGGGUGCAGGCAGACCCCCACCAUGUGUAAGUCCUUCUGGGAAGCAGGGGAGGCCAUGGGGAGGCCGCGGUUCCCUGGCUCCACAGGCAGGUGUCAGAAUUGCUUUGGAAAAAAAAAGAAAAGUCAGGCUCUUCUCUCUCCCCAGUCCCGCCUAUACAGCGAUACCUAUAUAUAAAUAUAUAUUUAAAAAACAGUCCCAUAAGUUGGGGUGACUUCCUGUGUCCCCACCCCCAGAGAGAAGCAGCCCCGUGAACUCCAGACUCUUAACGGAACAGACUCGGUGGACAUCCGUGAAUUUGUGGACAUAGUAGACCCCCGCAGCCCCCACCCAGUCUUCCCUUGUACGUGUGACUUUUGAAAAACAAUCUCUUCUCUCAGGAUCUCUUGACCACUCCAUGGCCACGAUGUACAUGCCCUCUUAGCUGUGAUAGGACUAUACGGACGUCUUUGUAAAGGUGAAAAGGUGUGUGUCCUCGGUAGAGACGGAACGUGAAUAGAGGACACAGAUCCUUCAGAGGGGACGCGUCUGCUAUUUAUUUUUGUAAGGCUCUGAAGCCUCUGGUGAUCCCUGCAAGUUGUAUUGCAAGGAACCUAGACUGUUUUGUGAAUAAAUCCUGCCUGGUUUUUAUUUGAAUGUCGCUGGUUACUAUGAUCUUUUGUUGGUUGUUUUCAUGAGAAUUCUUCACUGAUUUAUAUCCUCAAGUGUAAAUAAAGACAGAUUGGUCUCCA